AUGAGCGUUGCUGCGCCCUUGGCCCGGCGGCCGCUGCGCUGCUGCUUCCAGUCCACCAGGCGACAUGUUCUCCGCCAGUUCGCCACGGCCACGACGACGACAAGCUCGCCGCCUGCUGGGACGGCCACAGCUAGCUUGCCCUCGAGCUUCCAAGCCAUCAGGGACAAGUCCGAACGCGUUCGCACAGCCUUUGCCGUCUACGGCCCGCCACCACGGACGACAAAGCCUGCCGAAUCCCUGUUACCACCUCAGCCGCCCUCGCCAGCCGCGGACCCCGCACAAACGACACCCGCAAGCCUUGCGGCCCACAAGGUCGACGUCAUGCGCGCCUAUGACCGCCAGCAGAUUGCGCGCAUGGAUCCCACGGGCGCCCGCACCCGUCUCUUCUCGCGCAAGAACCCAAACGCCGCCAAGCCGGGCGAUGUGCUGGUCGUCACGCCCAGCAAGGCCGGCGCCGAGAUCUUUGGCGGCGUGUUCCUGGCCAUCCGUCGCUCGGGCAUCGAGACGGCCAUUCUGCUGCGUGGCCAGCUGGCCAAGACGGGUGUCGAGAUGUGGUUCAAGAUCUACUCGCGCGCCGUGGCGGCCGUGGACAUUAUUGAGCGCCGGCCGCGCCGUGCGCGCCGUGCCAAGCUGACGUACAUGCGGCAGCCCAAGCACGACCGCGGUUCGAUUGAGGAGUUGGUCAAGAACUGGCGUCGGGCCCGCAUUGCUGGCCGCAGAAAUUCGGCCGCAGGCAGCAAGGCUGGCGAGGCCAAGGGCCCGCAGAAGUUCGAGGCCAAGUCGAGCCGGAGGGGCAAGAAAUGA